UUUUCCUCUCAUCUUCGUCGUCCUCGUGCUUCUCUCUGUGAACAAGCCAAGACAAGACAACCAACCAUGGGUCGCAUGCACGCACCUGGCAAGGGUAUCUCCCGCUCUUCCCGCCCCUUUGUCCGCACAGCCCCUUCCUGGCUGAAGAACCUGUACUCUGCUGACGAUGUCAAGGAGAGCAUUGUGAAGCUUGCGCGCAAGGGUCACACCCCCUCCAAGAUUGGUGUGAUUCUUCGUGAUAGCCGCGGCAUCUCGUCCACCAAGGCCAUCACGGGCACCAAGGUGCUCCGCAUCCUCAAGGCCGCCGGCCUUGCCCCCGAGAUCCCGGAGGACCUGUACUGCCUCAUCAAGAAGGCCGUCGCCAUGCGCAAGCACCUGCAGGAGAACCGCAACGACAAGGACUGCAAGUUCCGCCUCAUUCUCGUUGAGAGCCGUAUCCACCGCCUCAGCCGCUACUACCGCACCAAGGGCGUCGUUGCCCCCAACUUCAAGUACGAGAGCGCCACCGCCAGCGCCCUCGUCGCGUAAACGCACCCAUCUCCCUUUGCCGCGUGGACAGCAUGAUGUGCGCGCAGGCGGGGGCACUGGCAUUUUGUAGGGGGACGCAAGGUUGUUGUGGUGGUGACACAUAAUCAUGUCACGUGGUCCCUGUCACCCCUGUCUUUGCACCCCCUCCCUCUACAUUUUGUCUUUGUGCUCUCGCUCUUGUGUCAUUUCAUCAUCAUCUGCUGCUGCUCUGUGUGUUGUUGUUGAUUUUGGUUGGCUGGCUGGCUGGCUGUGUUGAACGAGCCACGACGUUGGGUUGUUCGUGUGUCUGCCUUGCUUGUUUUAUUACAUGGCAUGGGCGGGCGCCGCAGUUGAGGUCAUCAAUUAAAUAAAACACACACACACACACGCAGUGCAUGAAUGGC